AUGGCGGCUGUCAUUCAGAAUCCUCUAAACACGUUGGGUGACCAGUUUUACAGAGAAGCCAUUGAGCACUGUCGCAGCUACAAUGCUCGCUUAUGUGCGGAGCGCAGUGUCCGUCUGCCCUUCCUAGAUUCACAGACCGGCGUUGCACAGAACAACUGCUACAUCUGGAUGGAACGGCAUCAUCGUGGACCAGGCUUGGCAGCUGGCCAGAUGUACUCGUACCCUGCUCGGUGCUGGAGAAAGAAGAGAAGAUUACUCACCUCCGUGGAUUCCACUCUUCACCUCUACGGCCUAAAUAUUGACGGCAACCUGGCGGCUAAAGACACUUUGCCUCCACCCAGCACUGCGCUCGAGGCUUUGCUGAGAGGUGACGGCUUAGACAAGAGGAACAGCAACAGAGAUGAGGAGAGUCUGCUGGAGAUUCAGAGAGUUCUGGAGGCCGACGCCAUAGAAGAUGGUUAUCAUGAUGCUGACGACUUUGAAGUUGACAUACCAAAGAGGAAACACCGUGGCAAAGGCAGAGGUCGAGGCAGUGGACGUCGGAGGGCAGACCUAGAUGAUCAAGAUAAGCCAUACGUUUAUGAAAACAAAUACAAACAAAAGCAGAACUCCAAAGCUGCCACCCCAGUGUGUGGGAAACGCUACAGGAAUCGCACCGGUUUAAGUUACCACUAUGACCAUAGCCACAUCGCUGAUAAAGAGGAGCCCCAGGCCAAGGAAACGGAGCCAUCACGAUCUCUAGCUAUCAACCACCAUCCUCAGUUUCACGAAGAACAAAAGAGUCCAGAUGCUGGUCAUACACAAAACAGUUUUUGCAAAGUCUGUCAAGUAAAUUCAGGCUCCAAUCUGAAAGAUGGCAAGUGCUCCAAGUGUGGCCGUUCAGAAGGCCAUGAAGAAGUUAAACAAGAGAAUCCUAUUCCUGGAGCUGAGGAGCUGUUUGGUGCCACUUCGGAGAGCGACACCUCUACAUUUCAUGGCUUUGAGGAGGAUGAGUUGGAAGAGCCGUUAUCCAAUAGCAGUGACGCCACCCCAAAGUGCAGAUAGAAAAACUGCACACCUUUUAAACCGUUAUUUAACAACUAGAAGCAACACCAUUACCCAACCCACCCAUGCCCCCCACCCAGCAAAAAUUCUGCUGCUUUCUUUUAGAAAUUUUGUCUGUUUAACCGUUCUCACUUCUCUCUUCAUGAAAAGCACAAGACAAUA